GCAGGAGAGGCAGAGAUGUUCACCCAAACAGAGAUGUGGCUGAUGACUGAGCGACCGCUUCUACCACAACGAUGAGGCUGCUUUGAACUGAGUUCUCCGAAGUCCCAGAGGAGAAGACUCUUUUCUUUAAAACACCAUAACUGGGACAUCCUUUGCUUGAGUUGCCGUCCAUUGUGGUAGUAAGAACAUGCAUGGUGACAGACUGUCCAUCCUGGCCUCAUUCUGAGACACAGCAGGUGACCGCAGAGUUACAGACAAGCUCUACACAGUAUAGAAAGUGGGAAGACUUCCAAACGGAUGGCCACACCCUUUGUACCAGUGCCUAUCCCUAUGGAAAGGGCACUGUCAGCGGCUCCUAACCCCAGGCGGCCCCACAGAGCCUCAAGUCUGGGCAGUGCAUCCAGCAGUUCAGAAUCCUCCUCCACUAAAGGCCCAGGAGAUGAGAGCAGCUCAGGAAGGCGAGGGAAUAGCACCGGAGCCUCUGGCUCAGACCGAAGCUGCUUCACUCCGCCAUGUCAGAGCCACUUUACUCGGGCCAGGAUGAAUGGCUUGGACUCCACAGUCGAGUACUCUAGCUGCCCACAGCCGGACACACCGCCAGAGACCCCCAGUUGGGAAGAAAGACCCAUAACCCCGACUGUGCUGGGUUACGAGGUCAUGGAAGAACGAGCCAAGUUCACGGUGUACAAGAUUCUGGUGAGGAAGUCUCAGGAGGAAAGCUGGGUGGUGUUUCGGCGCUACACAGACUUUUCCAGACUCAACGACAAGUUGAAGGAGAUGUUUCCUGGGUUCCGGCUCUCUCUGCCACCUAAGCGCUGGUUUAAAGAUAACUAUAAUGCAGACUUCUUGGAGGACAGACAGUUAGGCCUGCAGGCCUUCCUACAAAACCUGGUGGCUCACAAAGACAUCGCCAACUGUGUUGCUGUACGAGAGUUCCUUUGUCUGGAUGACCCGCCAGGUCCUUUUGACAGUCUGGAGGAGAGCCGGGCAUUCUGUGAGACUCUGGAGGAGAGUAACUAUCGGCUACAGAAGGAGCUGCUGGAAAAACAGAGGGAGAUCAACACCUUAAAGAAGCUGCUGGAGGAGAAAGAGCUCUACAUACACUUGCUUGAAAAAAGGAUCAAUGGUGAGUCUCUGACUCCAGAGAGCCCUUGUGGUCUGUCUGCUCAAGGCAGUGAGAGCAGUGUGGAUGCAGAUGGAGAGGUAGAGUCUUCUACUGCCGAGGCAGAUCAGGACAUGCCAGAGGAAAACGGCCAGACAGAGCCUCUAUGACCUAUAACGCAGGGUUUUGAGCAGUUCUGAGAAGCAAGCAUCACGGAGCUCAUCGUCGUGCUGGUGCGGGCCGGCCAUUAGCCGCUCUCCUCCAGUCAUCCAGGUCACUCAGCUGGAAAAGUGAACUAGAACCAGUACUGCACUUCCUUUUGUCGGUCUUGUCUUUGUUCUCUCUCUCAUAUGCUCUUGCACUCUAUUCUCUAUGCUGCGGCGAGAUGCCAGUCUCUCCUAACUUCGUAGUUGAUGGACUGACUGACAGACAGACAGGGGUUGUCUGUCUGUGGUCAGCAUCAGAAACCAUGUCUAAAGAUCAGACAGGCAUGCAUAAGAUUCGUGAAAGGAAGCAGACCUGUCUGGGAGAGGGACUGAGAACUGGAAUAUCCUUUGAAACAACAGAGCUUCAUCUGAAUGCACUGUGGAUAAUCUGAAUGUGCUCCAUUCAUUUGCUGACAAAUAUAAUUACUUCAAACUCUUCUAGUCAUGGACUGACUGGAGGAGAAAGGCUUCAAAGCUGCAUUUACUGAGUACUGCAAUAUCUACCCUAUGGUGGACAUCCAGCCAAAGAGGGCUUCUCAACCAAAAUGUACGGACGGGGACAAACUUUAUUUAAACUCCUUAAACCAGAGGCAUCUCAUAUAAUGUCAACUUUGACAAUCCAGAAACAGACUGCAUUUACUCUUGCUCUCUUCAAUGCUUCAAUGUCUAAAAACAAUAACGGAGCAGUGCCCCCUUGUGGCUAAUACAGCUACUGCAGUCAUCAACUCAGGAAGGACAAUAACAAAGACUGAGAUUUCCCCAGUGCUGCUGUCAUAUUAUCAGGGCUGUGAUCACAAGACCCAGUGUAUAAAACUAUAACUCCAGUUGGACGAUCUCUGGUUUAAAGCCUCUGUCUGAAUUUUGCCUUUUGUGUCGUGUUGCUUCGCAACGCACUGCCAUUGCUUCAUUGAUAAUAGGAGGACAAGGAAUACGUGUAUGGGUGUAAAAAUGUUUUCUGAUUUUUAUCAGCCUGAACUGUUUUUUGUUUUUUUGUUUUUUUUUUCCAUUUUGUUUUUUUUUUUUUUUUUCAUCUUGUUUACUCACUGUGAUUGAAUUUAAGACACAUUUCAAAUAUCACGUGUGCUUUUUGUUGUCGUUGUUGCUUUUGAUGUCACGCAGUGCUUGUGCAGUAAUCAUUGUGAAGGUGUAAACACUAAGUGAACUUUUAACAUGGGCUUUCUGUGGAGCUGAUUUUGUAUUAACACCUUUCCUGUCAUCAGAGAUGCAGUGUAAGGUGCAAUCUACAGGAUCAUAUAUUGAUCUACACUAGUAAUACUUUAGUCAGUCUCUGCACUUCAACUCCCUUUACUCACAUUUCAUAUGGGUCUGUCCUGUUUGACACACUUGUACGUUUGCUCACAUUUGCAAUACUAGACUUCAGUUUAAGACCUAGUUUCCCAAAGGCUGUUGCACUGUGUAGAUCAUUUUAGCUGAUGAUCAAAGUGAUUGCUGGUCAUCGUAGAAUAAUCUUUGUGCUUUAAUGCCCUUGGGGACAAGCACUUCUUUGACUGUAAUUCAAAAUUGAAGUUGAUAGAAGCAGAUGUUUUAAUGUAAGCCAUGCUUGUUGUGGCUCUUAUAAGAAUUAUGUCCUGCACUGUGACUACAUUUUGGACACAGCUGAUGGAAAAACACCUUAAAAACUUUCAGACAUUAACCUGUCCAUGUUCUGUGUUCUUUUAUAGCAACUGUUUGGAACGAUUAAGACCAGCUUUACAGAAUGUUGGGGGGGGGCAUUCAGCCUAAUGAGACACUAUAUUAACAACAUAAUUUUUAUAGUUGCUGCUAGAGUUUCAAAUGUGCUGUUACCAAGCUGGACUGUGUCAUUGUAGCCUGGUUGGAACUGACCAUGUCGAAUUUGUAGGGAUGCACCAAUGUUGGAAUUGUGGGCUGAAGCUAAUAUCUGAUAUUUUGGUUCUACAUACAUCUGAUAUAUAAACACUUAUAAAAUCUAGAUAUUCCUGGAUUAGCUUUAUGGAGAAAUGUCAUAUUUUUUCCCAGGGUUACAAAUGCAGUUAAAUAAAAAAAAAAAAUGCAGACCCCAUAGCUCAGUCACCUAAAUGAUUUACUCUUCCAGAGUGCAAUAAAUGUCAUCAGAUAUUGGUCAUAUUUUAACUUCUGUCUAAUGCUGAGGUGUAGAUGUGUGUGUGCAUAACAUUUUUAAAGUAGUUAUCUGCUGAUACUUAUAUAAUUCCAGUAUUAUAAUGCAUUCCUACAAAUCUGACACCAUGUUAACUUUAUCACAUUUCUUAUGCUACUCUAAAAAGUCCUAAUAGUGUGGCAUAGACCUUACAUUGACCUACAAAGUAAACAGCAUUUGAAAUUCAAGUAUUUUUAAGGAGAAAAAAAACUGAUUUAUGUCAUACAGUCACUCAUUAGUUUGAACAGUAUUUUUGUUCUGGAAAGAUAUAAAACGUAUGCAGUUGCUAUGCAAGAACAUGUUUAUGGGUAAUGCAUGACUAGAUUAACUUAAUUUAAGCCAAUAUCAGCCAACUUGAACCAGUCACGUCACAUACGCAAUGCUAAUUUUACUGGCUGAUUGUGAUGCCAUAAUGAGGUGUGUGUGAUGUCACAAUAGUAAUUAAUACAGAAGUAGAGACAUUAAAGCCAUACUUCAGAAGAAAAAACACUAGUGGGGUACAUGUUGUCAGGGUCACUAAAAUCUAGCACUUGUGUUUAGUGUGUAUGAAUAUUUAGAGCAUCUCUAUCAAAGCUAAACUUGAUGCAGCCCAAGCAGGAAACUGCUGAGUCACGGUCUGUAAAUGGCUGCAGCAGGUCACAUGUUGCACUUUAAGGUCCCGAGGGAUUGUGGGAUUGUAGUGUACAAUGCUUCUAGGCUAGCAGGUGAAGCUUCCUUUAUGUUUGAAUGCUACUUUUAGCUUCAAAUGAAGCACAGUGCCUUUUCCCUGCUGUUCAUAUAUGUGCGUGUGUAUGUGUGUAACAAGUGACGUGUGCAGGUCCUUCCCAAAUCAACCUCAGCAACCCUGCUAACAUAGUGCCUUGCAUCUCCUUACCUUAUUGUAAUUUUAUCUGUCUCUCACAAAUUGAGUUGCUGUCCUUUUUUCUCUCUUCAGUAGGGUUGAUGCCGCAGAACGGCUGCUUAUGUGCUAGCAAAUUGUUUUACAUGAUUUUGUGGAUGGUCUUCAUCUACGUCGAAACUGUAUUUACUCGGCCCGCUGCUGGCAAACAGCAUUCUUUAUAUGUCCUUAUUAUUAGUUAUAAUGUCCUCUAUAGGAUUUCAUUCUUUCACUAGUUAACUAAACUGCACAUAACACUUGAUGUUAAUAUAUGACAGUGAAUGAAGGUUUGUGUAAUGAUGAGUAGGUUAAGCGAAUAGGAAUUCUCAAUUCCUGUUUUCCUAUAGUUUAGCUUUUAAAAAGUCUGAUGAUAAAUCUUAUGCAAUUUCUCAGUAGAUGCAAAGGUGUCAACAUCUGUCAGUUUGAAUGUUCUUUUUGUUUUGUCAAAUAGCCAUAGAUCUGUAUUUUUUUUUUUUUUUUUAUAUAAACCAAUAACUCAUUGAAAAGUAGGAAUAUAGGAUGGAACUGGGCGUGUGAUAUCUUUUUCAGAUCAUCGAAACAUGUUUUUUUGGUCACAUAAGUUAUCUUUUGAGGGAUAAUAAACCUUUUCAGUGGAGGUAUUUUCACUUCA